AUGGGAGGCUAUGACAUAACUCUAAGGUCUCCAUUGCUAAUAUUGGCAUGUACGUGGCUCUUGCCAUAUCAGCUCCGAAACACUAUUCGAAUACAGUAUGAAGCUUCAUUUGUCCCGAGCUUUGAAAACAUUUCCGAAUUAAAUUCUAGCGAUCGUUUCGGUUCCAUCUACACCCGAGUCGUCGUCCUCGCCUGUGUGGCUGUCGUUGCUCUGUGCGACAAGGCCCCAGUCUACGCCCCUCAUCCCCCUGCCUACGCCCCUGCACCUUACCAUGCCCCCGAACCUGCCUACCACGCCCCUGCACCUUACCACGCCCCCGAACCCGCUUACCACGCCCCUGCACACUACGAGCCCGAAUACCCUGAUGUGCCCCCGAAGUACAACUACAACUACGGUGUCGCCGACGGUUACUCCGGCGCCAACUUCGGCCACACUGAGUCCCGCGACGGCUACAAGACCGAGGGCAGCUACACCGUCGACCUCCCCGACGGCCGCAAGCAGAUCGUCAACUACGUGGACAACGGCGACGGUCUUAUUGCUGAGGUCACCUACGAGGGCGAGGCUCAGUACCCCGAGCACACGCCCUCCUACAAGCCCGCUCCCCCCGCCUACGGCCCCCCUCCCCCCACCUAUGUCGUCGUCCUCGCCUGCGUGGCUGUCGUCGCUCUGUGCGACAAGGCUCCAGUCUACGCCCCUCCUCCUCCCGCCUACGCCCCUGCACCUUACCACGCCCCCGAACCCGCCUACGCCCCUGCACCUUACCACGCCCCUGAACCCGCCUACCACGCCCCUGCCCCAGUCUACGCCCCCCCUCCCCCUGCCUACGCCCCUGCACCUUACCACGCCCCUGCACCUUACCACGCCCCCGAACCCGCCUACCACGCCCCUGCACCUUACCACGCCCCCGAACCUGCUUACCACGCCCCUGCACCUUACCACGCCCCCGAACCCGCUUACCAUGCCCCUGCACACUACGAGCCCGAAUACACUGAUGUGCCCCCGAAGUACAACUACAACUACGGCGUCGCCGACGGUUAUUCCGGCGCCAACUUCGGCCACACUGAGUCCCGCGAUGGCUACAAGACCGAGGGAAGCUACACCGCGAGUUGGGGACACAUCGACUUCCGGAGUAGCAACACCGGAAUGCUUUGCCUGCAGUGGGUAGACAAUCGUCCUGUGACAAUGCUAUCCACUGCCCAAACAUCAAAGGUGGUUAACCUGCCUCCCAACCGCCGAGGGGUGGAGAGGUCGAAGCCCGAGGUCGUUGUCAGUUACAACAACGGCAUGAAGGGCGUCGACCUCUCGGGUCAGCUGGCGCAGUCAUAUCCAGCCACGAAAAAAACCCCGUCAAGUGGUGGCCGACUUGGCUCGUUCCGGCGGAACCCUCCUCAGAACCAACCUGAGGAGGAUCCCCAGCAGGCGCACAUGCCAGUCGACGCCUCAUUCCGGAGGUGUCGGAGAUGUGCGCUCUGCUGGAUGGAACAACCGGCGCAGGAAGGAGACCAGAGUCAUAGUGAAAAAACGGAGGUUGUGCUUAUACGCAAACCAGCCGAGCGCACUGAAACUUCUGAUAUUUUUACCUUUUAUUUGAAUACUGUAAUCUUCCUUUCUCUCUUCGUUAGUAACGUGAUGCUCUCUCGGCAGGUCGUCGUCCUCGCCUGCGUGGCUGUCGUUGCUCUGUGCGACAAGGCCCCAGUCUACGCCCCUCCUCCCCCUGCCUACGCCCCUGCACCUUACCACGCCCCCGAACCCGCUUACCACGCCCCCGAACCCGCUUACCACGCCCCUUCACACUACGAGCCCGAAUACCCUGAUGUGCCACCCAAGUACAACUACAACUAUGGUGUCGCCGACGGCUACUCCGGCGCCAACUUCGCCGCCUCGGAGUCCCGCGACGUCUUUGGGGCAUAUAAUCAUGGAGUUGGUGUUAGCCACUGUGGGUCGUCGUCCUCGCCUGCGUGGCUGUCCGUCGCUCUGUGCGACAAGGCCCCAGUCUACGCCCCUCCUCCUCCCGCCUACGCCCCUCCCGCUCCCCCCGCCUACAAGCCCGCUCCCCCCGCCUACGGCCCCCCUCCCCCAACCUAUGCCUAA